AUGGCACAGCAGACGUUGGUCGGCCGCGAGAUCGUCGGUGGAGCAGCCGAGGGAAGCGUGCUGUACGCUGACACCGGCCUCUCCUUCUGGGGCGGGUGCGACCCGCAGACGGGCGUGAUCGUCGACCACACUCACCCACUGCACGACGAGUGCGUGCGCGGCCGUGUGCUCGCGAUUCCCAACGGGCGAGGGUCGUGCACGGGCAGCCAGGUGGUGCUCGAGCUGCUGCUCAACGGCGUGGCGCCCGCCGCUCUCCUGCUGCGCACGCCAGACGUCAUCCUCUCCCUCGGAGUCAUCGUGGCGGAGGAGCUCUUCGGUCACUCCAUCCCGAUCGUCUCGCUCGGGGACAGCUUCGACCGCCUCGAGGCGCACACGCACGCAGCGGCGCACAUCGACGGCUGCACGUACAUCGGGCCGGGGGGGCUUCGCUUCGCGCGCGAGCUCGUGGCGCUCGGCGGGAGAGUGGCGGUGCCAACCACUCUCAACUCCAACUCUGCAUACCUCGACUUGGGCGCCUCGCUCUCCUUCACGUGCUCGCCGUACCUCCUCCCCUCGGCCCCUGGCCUCGGCGAGCACGUCGCGUGGGGCGAGUCCAACGCCGUCGUCUUUGCCAACUCCGUGCUCGGCGCCCGCACGCUCAAGUACGCUGACUACCUGGACAUCUGCGCCGCGCUGGUUGGCCGCGCACCCGCCGCAGGGGCCCACCUCGACGAGCACCGCCACGCGACUCUGGUGCUCGACGCGUCCGCCCUCGUCGCCGCCGGUCUCCCGGCCGCCUCCGCCGACGCGUUUUGGCCGACCCUCGGCUACGCCUGCGGCAACCUCGCGCAGACCCGUGUGCCGGCCCUCACCGGCAUCGCCCACCUCCGCCCGACCCGCGACGAGCUCAAGGCCUUCGCGGCGGCCUUCGGCACCUCCGGCGCCGCCGCCCUCUUCCACAUCGUCGGAGUGACGCCGGAGGCGGCCGACUUGCAGACUGCCCUCGGUGCGGCCGGCAGCGGGGAGGGCGUCGAGACGCUGCGGCUGUCGCCGGAGCAGUUUGCAUCCGCGUGGCGGACCCUUGACAGCGGGGCGCUUUCCAGUGGCGGGCACGACGACGGUGCAAUGGUCGGCGGCGGCGGCGGCGCGAAACACCGCGACGUCCGCGUCAUCGCGACCCUGUCGCGGUUCGUGCUCGAGCAGGCGGAGGCCGCGGGACACGCACUCACGCUGAGUGAGUUUGGCGUGGAGUUCAUCAACGACACCUGCUGGUGCAUGCUCGGCGACGUGGUACCCUUCCCGCCCAUCCAGUCGGCGCGCACGCUCAUCACAAACUCGGGCAAGUACGCGCAUUACGCGCCCGGGCUGGUCAACCGGAGCGGCUUCAAGGUCCGCUACAGCGGCCUCGCCGGUUGCGUCGCCGCGGCACGCACCGGGAGGGCGCCGCCGCGCCCGCCGUUCCUCGCGGCGUUGCGUGGGUGCGCGAGCGUUGCGGGGUUGGGCAGGGCCCUGCUCAGGCGCGGGGGGUCGACGGGGCGUAUGUGA